CCGAGGAGGGCGCUGCGCCUCCCCGCUCAGUGACACACAGACCCGGCGCGGGGAGGCGGUGGCUGGUCGGGGGAGCGGGGCGGGCUGGGAUCGUAGCGGCGGCUGGGAGCCGAGUCCGGAGCAUGGCGCGGACCGCGGCGGCCGCUCCUCCCACCCGCUGGGAACUUUCCGCUGCCGCCGCGGAUGCUGCCUCGUCCCCUCCGCGGCGGCCCCCGGCGCUGCCCGGCCCGGCGCUGCUGGGGCUCGGGCUGCUCCUCUGCUGCGGUGCCUUGGCUGGACCAGUGGUUGAUCCACAUGUAACAGCAGUUUGGGGGAAGAAUGUCACACUGAAAUGCAUAAUUGAAAUAAAUGAAACAAUAACACAAAUCUCAUGGGAGAAGAUACAUGGUAAAAGUACACAGACCAUUGCUGUUCAUCAUCCUGAAUAUGGGUUUUCUGUUCAAGGAGAAUACCAAGGAAGAGUGUCAUUUAAGAACUACUCACUUACUGAUGCAACUAUCAUCCUAAACAAUAUAAGCUUCUCUGAUUCAGGAGAAUAUGUAUGCAAAGCAGUUACAUUCCCACUAGGAAAUGCUCAGUCAUCAACAACUGUAACUGUAUUGGUUGAACCCAUUGUGAGCCUAACAAAGGGACCAAACUCUUUAAUAGAUGGUGAAAAUCAGACAAUAGCAGCCAUUUGUACAGCAGCCACUGGAAAACCUGCUGCAGAUGUUGAUUGGGAAGGUGGUCUUGGAGAAAUGGAAUCCCGUUCUACUUUAUUUCCAAAUGAAACUGUGACCGUUGUCAGUCAGUACAAACUCAUACCCACCAAAUUUGCCAGAGGAAGACGCAUAACUUGCGUUGUGAGGCAUCCAGCUUUGGAGAAGGAGAUGAGAUAUCCUUACACAUUGGACAUACUAUAUGCCCCUGAAGUUUCAGUAACUGGAUAUGAUGGAAACUGGUUCAUUGGAAGAGAGCAUGUUCAGCUCCGGUGUAAUGCUGAUGCAAAUCCACUGCCCAUGGAAUUUACAUGGACCAGGUUGGAUGGGCAAUGGCCUGAAGGUUUAAUAUCUUCAAAUAAUACUCUGCAUUUCAACAGUCCAUUGACUUACAAUUACACUGGGACUUAUGUCUGUAAAGUGACCAAUUCCCUUGGACAAAGAAGUGAUCAAAAGACGAUCUACAUAUUGGAUAUGCCAUUUAAACAGACAUCUUCUGUAGCUGUAGCGGGGGCUGUAAUUGGAGCAGUUCUUGCUCUCUUUAUCAUUACCAUCUUUGUGACAGUGCUAUUGACUCCAAAGAAAAAAAGGCCGUCGUACCUUGACAAAGUGAUUGAUCUUCCACCCACACACAAACCACCACCUUCAUAUGAGGAAAGAGCACUCUCUGUAUCUCAGAAAGAAGUCAUUCAGCGAGAACACUUCCCUUUGCAAAGCCAAUACAAGGAGAAAGAAGCUGGAAAUUUGCAGAACAUAAAAGCAGUAAAUGGCAGGCAACUUAAUUAUGAAGAUGAAAAUCCAUUGGGCCAAGAAAACCUUCAGCAGAUGUACCCCGUUCACAAGCAGAUAUGUUACAAAGAUUGGAGCAGCAAGUACCAUCAAAACCCAGGAACUGGAAGAAUCUACAUUAAUCCUAGAGAACACUAUGUGUGAUCGCUUCCCCUGCUGUGAAUUUUUAUACAGAAUAAAUUGGUGUUAGAUAAGCUUGCAGACUUUUCAAAAUUUUAAGUUAACGCUUGUUGAUUAUAGGACAAGUACGUAUCCUGUUGUGUUUUAACAGUUUCUAAAGAAGUAGGUACAGAGACAAUUAAUACUCUUUAUUGUAUGUGGUGAGAGCUGGUGAGAAAUAGGUAGGCAGAAAAGAUACACAUUUCUGGAACUGUUGCAUUUGUGACUUUGAUUGCGGAUUUACUUUUUCAGUAGCAUAGUGCUUAUCUCUAUUGUACUGUUAAAAUUCCAGUGUGUGGGGAUAGCUGAAGGGAUCCUUCAGAAGACGAGACUCAGCUGCCUGUCUUAACCUCACCAGGUUUAAGAAAUGCCAGCCCAUUCAUCUGUCAUUCAAAUGUGCGUAUAAUGAAUUUAGGAUCUAUUUCCCUAAUUCUUUCUUAGGGAUUUCUCUCGCUCUCUUCCUUCCCGCCCACUCCCGAAGUGGAUAUGCUUAAUAAAAUUGCAAUUUUAUGUACAAAAAAAUGAGGUAUGAGCUGGAGGGAAAAUGUACAUCCUUUGUGUAAAGUGAUAAAUUUGUGUCUGUUUGUGGGGUUUUGUUUAAUCUUUUAAGACCCUUUAGAAGCAUAUCCACUGGUAAAUUAAUUUGACUGAGAUACUGACCGUACUUGAUCGCAGCUUCUAAUUCCCUUCCCCAUUCCAAUAAACAGUCAGGUGCUGGUCUGUUACUGUGCUUUCAGGACCAAUACUGCCUGCCUACCCACACCAUAACUGUUGGUUCAAUUCUUUUCUGCCACAAGUCUCAGGUCCCAUGUUUGUUUGUUUUUUUUCACUUAGCUGCCAGUUCACACCUCCCCAGACUCAGUCUACCGAACCAAACUGCUAGCUGCUAGAAUCAGAUCAUAACCUGUUUCUUAUCUGGUUUAAAACAUUCCCACAAGCCCCACAUGUGCACCCCCAUCUUGCCCACUCAGAUACCUCCAGCCACCAAGACCUAAUUCUCAGUGGUCUAGCAAUAAAGUAAACAGAAGCUGUGGGUGCUAGGUACAGAAGAAAAGCAAGCUACCUGUUUGCUAGGGCAAUGUCUAAUCCAUAGUUGGCUGACAAAAUAAAUUCCUUCUUGUGACCAUACGUAGAGCUUUUCCAAAGGUAGCAAUAGGGGCCAGGAGAAGAGCUUCACUUAGCUGUGAGCAAGUUUAACGCGAUCUUCUAACCUUGAUCAGAGCAGGUGGAAGCAAUAGUGUUGUGAAAUAGCUAGUGAAUGUGAAUGACUUGCCGAAACUAGUACACCAGACCCUCACUAGAACGCGCAUCUGUAUAGCGCGAAUUCGCAUAGAAUGCAGUCGCGGACAUGGAUGCCAAAUUUAAUUACUUUAAUUGCAAUUCAUUUUAACGCAGUCCCUGCGUGAACGCGGGACCGCGCAUGGAUCCGAAAUCCCGCAGUCUAGCGAGGGUCUGGUGUAAUAACACAGGUGAAACUGCGCUGGUGUUGGUAACAGUGGGAAAACUGUAUGCAAAUACAAUUUGUGUUGAAAAGGCGUGGUGUUCUUGAUGAGUACAAAUAAGUUUCCUGUCUGUUAAAGAACCUGCACAGAUAGGCCUGUGUGGUCAAUUUGAGAAUUUUUUUUAUUAGUCUAAUUUAACAGGGCAAAAAAUGGGACACUUGAGUACAGAUGAUUUUAAAGACUUUAACUUGGAUACUAGGGUAUAAAGGAGAGUGAAUAUUCUGGAAUACAAAGGAAGUGUCUCAAUAGACACUAGACAAUUUAUUCCAUCGCUGACUUACUAGGACAUUUGAAAAGAGUAAAUGAAAAUCCCCCUGAGCAUUUACCCACUUAAGCUAAUUUUCAUUCAAAGUGUGCAUGCUCGUCUCAGACAAUGGCUUUAUUGCUGGUUUUGUAGACAGUCAAAGAUACUGGAGUAUUUUUUAGCUGCUGUAUUAGCAAAUCAUAAGUAUGGCACAGAAUCAUAGGCAUCUAUUGUGUCUGUCUUUAAAAUUGUGACUAGUGAAUCAUCUAAAACAUGAGUUUUAUAAGUAACUGACUAAUUAGUGCUUAAAUUAAUGGUAUGGUAAUUUUACUGUAGUAUCUCCGGCCUUUCAUAACAUGAAUUUUUAAAUCGUGAAAGUUACAUAUUGAGUGGUAGUCAAAGCAUGGUUCCCACUGUAAGGGUUUCUUCAUGCUUUGAUCCACCAGUUUGAAAAAGGAGUUGCUGUCUUUAUCACUCCUAGUUUUCUUAGUUUUUUCUAAACAUAAAUUUGUCAGGUUUCCCAGCUCAACUACCACCACCUUAAUAUGCUUUUUCUAUUGGUACCAUUGAAACAACUUGCUUAGCAACACAGCAGUAUGUACUGGGCUUAAAUUCUGAGAUGAUUUCCCAGCACCGUCGGCCCCCGCACCACCACCACCACGCACACAACACCCAUUUGGGGCUUCAGCUGCAGGGCACUGCAUCUUGGGGCUUUAGCCCUGAGGAGAGAUGGGGGCACCAGGGCUCAUCUUGGUGGUCUCUGGCUGCAUUUAAGCCUUGAGAAUGUAGCUACUGGGAACUGGUAGACUGAAAUUUCAUUGACAAUGCAGCAGAAUGAAAGCUGAGAUUGAUCACCAUGAAAUGCAGCAUGAAAAGUCUGAUUAGAGUGAAAAUUCUCUCCAAAAAAUGAAGGUUUCCAGUGUGUUUGCCCAUAACCCAUUAACUUUUCAUCUUUUGUUCUAGUAAAAUUUGAUUCCAUGACACAAUCUCAUACAAAGGCCAUUAACAAUUAACUGUGGUGGCAGAAGAAGGCGGCAAGAUUGGUUCCAAGUACUGAAGGAGGAUUUUCAUUUUGCAGCUCUUGUGUAUUGCCUGUCAGAGAUGGAAGUAGGGAGAUUGGCUGGCUUCCAGCAUUGUUGUAAAGGGCCUGAAGUACAGGCAUUUUGUGUUGAACACCACUUUAUAAUAUGUCCAUGUAUACUAUGUGCGACGCACAGUGGCAAUUGGAAAAAUAGGGAAGAGGAACAGUGGGAAAAUCUGAGAAAGCAGCAGUUCUGCCACCAUUGCAUAGAUGCGGAGUACAUGUGAGGGUGAAAAACAGACGUGGGGAGAAGUCACAGAGCAGCUUUCAGUUGACAAAAUACCCACUCUCGCUUGUUUCUCUGCAAUGACCCCAGUCCUUUCGCUCUGCCUUGCAUGAUGGCAGAUCAAGCAGCUUGGCUUGUUGCUUCAUUUCUCACUGACUAAAACUUCUCAGUUCACAAGGGCCCAGGAGACAGCAGAACAAGGAAAAAAUGAGCAAGCAUGAAUUUGAUGGGCAGAGCAUGUCUUAACAGCUCUUAGUUCUAGGAACAUAAAAGGAUGUUUGUGGCUUUCCAUCUGUUUCCCCUUCAGCUAUCUUUUAAGGGUCAGAAUAGAAAUAAUUUGCAUUUACUAAGCACUCUUGAGCUAUAGAUCUCAAAGCUAGUGGGUGGGGAAAAUAAGUGGCUGGGUACUUACUGAUGACUUCAUCCUGAUGCGACAGGAAAUGCACUUUGACGGAGACUAGGUAUUGAAAAGGUCUAUAUAGAAAAAAAUCACCGCAGCAAUGUUUAAUCAUUUAGAAGUUGGGAUAACUUCUAUGAGAGAACUUAAACAUUCAAAUCAGUGGUUGGAGAAGCUGGAGGAAAAUAAUGAAAUAAACCAAGAUGCAGAAAAUGUACUGCAGCACUUACUCAUCCAUUGUUAAAAUAGUGCUGUGGUGGCAAAUGCUGCCCAACAACUCAAUAGAGCAGAUUCAAACUGAAUUGUAGCCACUGAUGUCUGUGCCUCCUUAACUCCUGCUAACAAAUUCUGAUACAAAGUAUCGUUACUUGGAUACGCGGGCUGCUAGGAAAAGUGUCCCCCUCUUUGUCUUGUCCUUAAGACCAUUAUCAUUAUACAUGUGAAUGGAAGUUUUGUUUGUUACAGGCCAAGUCUCUAGUGUACUUAUGCUGAAGCUGAUGGAGUUACGAGAGGAAUGCAUUUCACAUCAAAUGGUCUGCUUGACCUUAGAUAACUGAAGUUUUACUACUUGCCCUUUUGCAUGUUAUCCCAGUAAGCAGUGCUGCAAAAGUUAGAUCUGGAUCCCAGUUGGCCCAAAGAUGGAAGUGUGUUUGGAUCUAGGGCUGUGGUUCAAACACCUAAAUAAAAAGUAUUUUUGCUGUA